AUGGCCCGUCCAUACUACCCGCCUGAACCGCCAGCUGAUCCCCCGCCUCCGCCUUCUGUUCCGUAUUCUCCUCCCAACCCUUACGCGCCGAGUGCCCCUUACCAACCUGGAGUUUAUUACCCGCCCUUCCUCCAUAUCCCGUCUCUUCCUCACCACCCUGCUAUCCCGCCAGGCUUCGGCGAGCCAUGUCAUCAGGCAAUCAGCUUCCCAAACUCUGAUCGCGAUAAGCAGGCUCCCGCCGUCCGGCCCCCUCCGCCGACGAACCCUCAUGGCCAGAUUGUGACGGGACCCUUUGACAGUGGCUGGACCCGGGCGUCCAUCUCGAGCCUGGCAGAAGCAGCGCUGGUGGAGCUCGUGUGUCUGGCUGGCCUUCGUCUCUUGGCCAAUCGGCACCAGGGUUUGCUGGUGGUCCUCAACCCGGACAGUUCCGUCCGAGGGGUACUGCACCUGUGCAGCAAAGGUGCGAACACCCAAUCUGAGACUGGUUUUGCCAAGGUCUCUUUUUCUGGGUUGGCCGACACGGUAUUUGUGGAGGUCCUCAUGUCGUGCCAUCUUUGUGUCUACGAGCACCAGAGCGGUGCCCUGCAGCUGAGGAGUGAGCGGUCCGGGAGGGUGCUGGCGGAAUUGCCCGGAAUGAGGCCUUUUUCGGGCCCCUUACCCGCCACGCCGCCAGACAUACCGUUCGAUCUCAGAGGUCAUCCUGCUUCAACACCCGCCGAAAACGCAGCGGUGCCGCCUGAGCCGGUUGCUGCCUUUAACUCGACAUCCGCCCCCCCGGCGCCAGCCACCCUCGGACCGGUUGAUGAUUUUCGCUCCCCAAUGUCGCCGCCGGCAAUCACCAGUCCGCCGCAUGCUUCGCCGGCAGCGCCACAACCAUCUGCAACAGACGCCGAAUCCGUUGCUCUUCCGGCAUUGACAUCCGCCUCCGAAGUGCCAGUGGUUGCGAGGCUGCCCGGUCGCCGGGAUUCCAAUCCAUUUCGAGUGCUGCAAUCGCACAAAAAGCCAGUGCCAGAGCCGGAACAUAGCCCGGAGCCAGAUGACGACGAAUUAGCGCCCUCUCGGCAACCUACGAAGCCAAGUGAUACAAAGGGAAGCAAGAAGCGACCCAAGCGAAAAGGAGCCAAAAAGAAACGUGGCUCGUCUCACAAGUCUACGUCAUGUGGAGAGGCCUUCGAGACGAGUCCGCCAGUACCCGAGCCGUCCGUUCAGGACACGCUUUUACCACCUCGGCCGGCCCCAAUCCCUUCCACAGAGUCCGCGGUCAAAGUAACGACCCUGAGGGACUCAGAUACCCGAACGGCAGAAGAACGCUCGCAAACAAGUAGAGACAAUAUCGCUUCUUCAAACACACCAGCAGCAGCAGACUCCACCGAGCACCUCUCUCAUCCCGCCCCGGGCCAGCCCGCUACGAACCCCGAAAGUGACACCAGAACACCCGCAGUGAACGCUGCCCUCGCGGCUGCUCCCCGGCCCACGUCAAAUCAACGCGAAGCCGCCUCGCCCAGAGCCAAUACGGACCACGUCGUUGACACCCGGGCCGCCUCACAACCGGAAUUCGCCCAGACCGAGUCUGCCCCGAUCGACUCCGACGAACCCAUCCCAACCCCCGAAAGUGGAGCCACCUCAGUCGCAUCUAGCAUCGGCUACGCACCUGUUCCCGUCACCGAAUCGAAGCAAGCGGAACCCACUACCACCGACCCGGCCGGCACCGCCAUUGAGGCCGACACCACAGCCCGCUCAGCCCCCAAGCUCUUCCGUCUCUCCUCCACAAGCUUCAGCGACCUGGUCACCGCCGAGCCGAACACUCACCGUUGGGGCCCGGAUGCGCCGCCGCCCAUCACACUUGGCGGCAACGACAGCGGAGAGCCUGUGGCAUUGGUGCCGUACCGGUGGACUUGCCCGCGCUAUGGGUGGGUGGAGCUGCAGGAGCGGAAGCGGGCUGGGGAGGGGUGUUUGGUUUCGAGAGCUACAAUGCCUGUAAGCUCCAUGGGCCAGGCGCAGAAGCAGGAGGGAGAGGAGGGACGGAAGGGCCGGGGUGGCUCGGAAGAGGAGAUCGUUCGGGCUAAGCAUGCGGUGGAAAGGGGAGAGGCAGAGCAGGGAGGCAGAGACAGAAAAGCUAAGGCAAGAAAGCGACGAAGCGAAGGUAAAAAGGAGGGUGGAGAGAAGAAAGAGGACCGGAGAGAGAGAACUGAGAAGGGGGAAGACGGACAGCAGAAAGAGGAGAGGGCUGGGAAGGAAGAAAAGAAGCAAGAGCAAGAUGGGAAUGGAGAAGCUGCACUUGGCGACAAGCCGGAACGGUCUGCUAGGACAGAAACGCUGAAUGCGCCAGGAGGCAAGGGAGCUGCGGGAUCGGGUGGUUCCGGUUCUUCUUUUACGGAGCACCGAUCGGGUAAUGGGGAGGUUGCCAACAGCUCCGAGCUGGACUUGCCCAAAGUGGAGGUUGUUGUUGGGUAUUAUCGAGGCUUGUUUAAGAGCUGGUGGCCGCGGGGCUUGAGCAUGAAUCGGGAGCAAUGGAAGGACAGGACGAAGCAGGUGUGGUUCUUGGGAACUCGUGGAUGA